CUCACUACCAUUCCACCCAACUUUACUUUAUUACCUUCUCAACUAGUAACACCAACUCCUCCUCCUCCUCCUCCACCACCACCACCAUUACAACCUCAACCAACUUCAACUAUGACACAACAAAUAUCACUGUACAACAAUGGAUUUAAUUAUGGAGAAGAAAUAUCCACCAUAUUUGUAGUCGGGUUUCCUGAAGACAUGCAAGAACGUGAAUUUCAAAAUAUGUUCAUCUUCUCUCCUGGUUUUGAAGCUGCCACUCUUAAGAUUCCUUCCAAGGAUGGUGAAGAAGAUUCAACAGUCUCUGCUUUGGGUAACAAUCCUCAUACCAAAAAACAAAUAAUUGGAUUUGCAAAAUUUCGUAGUCGUAUGGAAGCUUUAGAAGCCAAGGACACUAUUAGUGGACGAAAAGUGGACGCCGAAAAAGGAUCAGUACUUAAAGCAGAAAUGGCCAAGAAGAACUUGCAUACAAAACGUGGUCUUUCGUCUAACGAACCAUUCCAACUCAGUCAACAUUCAGCAUUGUUAGCAUCUCAAGAACAAUCACUUCAUCCAUCAUCACUUUUACAACAAAUACAUCCAUCUCAACAACAAGAACAACAAUCAUCUUCUUUUACAUCAAAAAGAUUUACUGGUCCUCACCCAUCUUCUGUCUAUGAAGCUUUCCAUUCCGUACCUGCUACUGAUUUGACUUCAACUUCUGCUGAUAUGUACUCCGAUCUUUUUAUUCCUAUCAAAACAACUUCAGCAUCAUCCAACAAUACAACAAGACUUCCCAAUACAUUUAACUCUUCUCAUCGUUUCUCCACCAAUAGCAUCUUUGAUUUAUCUCAAACAACAGAUAACAAAUCAUCAACUGGAUCCUUCUUUAAUGUUGGUUCCUCUAUUUUGUACGAACAAGUAGAACCAUCAUUAGCAUCUCAAGUCACUCCUUCAUCAUCCAAUAACGAAACAAAUACAAAAACAACAACAACAACAACAUCAUCAUCAUCUUCAUCUUCAUCAACAUUAAUCAAAACACAAGCAUCUCAACAUCAACAUUUGCAUUUUUCAUCAUCACCUCCAUCCCUUAUCGAUAACAACAAUAAUAACAAUCGAUUCAAAGAGGAAGACCAACAAUUAGGUAGAGCAUUUAGUGGAUUAACUAUCAAUACGACACAUCUCAAUUCGACUACUAACAAUACAUCAUUAGCCUCAACACCUAGUACAAUUGUAUCUAAUGGUGGGUUACCUUCACCUGGUAUUUUGUCCCCCAAUGGUUAUCGUAGUUUUGCAUCUAUGAUGAUGAUGAUGCCCAGUACCAAUCCAGCUGAUCAAAAUCCACCAUGCAAUACACUCUAUGUUGGUAAUCUACCACCCAAUACUGAUGAAGAUGAACUUCGACAAUUAUUUUCUAAAUGUGUUGGUUAUAAACGAUUAUCCUUCCGACAAAAGGCAAAUGGACCAAUGUGUUUUGUAGAAUUCGAUGAUGUCUAUUGUGCGUCUCAAGCAUUACAAGACCUUUAUGGUAAUCCUCUUAGUAAUUCUGUCAAAGGGGGUAUCCGAUUAUCUUUUAGCAAGAAUCCUUUGGGUGUACGUCAAAAUUCUAUCAGCAAUACUGGAUGCAAUACAAAUAAUGGAUUAUUUCAACAUAAUAUACCAUAUUAUCGUGAUAGUUUAUCUUUUGAUCCUUCAUUCUCUUGAUGUACUUUAGCAUACAACAAUAGUCUUUACAUCUCUUUUUUUUUUUUUU